UCUGGGGCGCUGGCUGGGGCUCUGACUUUAGCUUCUCUGCCAAACCACAGCCUCUGUCAUUAAAGCAGCAAAUUGGAGAAUUAAUCAUUCAUAUCUAUGUAACUCCUCCCCAACCCGAUUAAAGCCUUUAAUACAAGUGGAACAUGGGACAACACACCAGCCCCGCCACAGAACAGCCUCUCUCUUGAACUUGAUCUGCAAACAGCAUGAGGACUCUUCAGGAAAGAAUCAUUGUGCUCUCCAUUUUUCUCUCUCUGAUCUGCACCAUUCAGGUGAAUUCUUUGCCUGUACCUCAAGACUGGAAGGGUUUGCUCCAACGGACCAAGCGGUCACUCCUGUGGCGCUGGAACAGCAUGAAGCCUGUGGGUGCCAGCUGCAGGGAUCACCUUGAGUGUGGUACAAAAUACUGCAGGUACAGCAGAGCUUCUCAGUCAUCAGACAGUUGGCAGAUAUAGGAAACUCAAACAUUUCCAGCCUGCAUUCACAGACAACAGUCAGAUUGUGUAACUGUCUAAUAAAUGUCAUUUUAGGUUGGUUUUUUUAACUUUAAUAUCUGUAUCUCUUAACGUCAUUAAUUUGAAACCAGAUAUAUUCUUCCAAAGUUCAUACUGUGAUAUUAAAUAGGCAUAAUGUUCAUAAUGUUUACACACGUUCUGCAAUAAUAUGUCUCUGCUGUCCACGUGUAUUUUGCAUGACAUGGACAAAGUCAGAAAUUAAUGACACUGCAAUAAAAGUUGCUCCUUAUCUUUACAGGAAAAUAUCUGUUCUUUCUGGAAUUCCACCUGAUGACGAGACACGCAAACAUAACUCCAUCAGGGUGACUGUCUACAAAACAAACAUCUGCUUUCAGCACCAAAAGCAAACUGUCUCUAAAUGAACCCUGUAUAGAAUUACUGCUCUGAUAAUCUGGCUUUAACUGAAGACCCGCUGGCACUUUAUCAGACUCUGUGCAUUUGAAGUUAUCUGAUCUGACUCGGCACUGCAGAAAAAACAAAGUCAUAAAUGCUGCAUUCACAUGAUGAGUUAAAUGGCUGCAUCUAGAGUGAUAUUGAUUUUUAGAAUUUAAUUUGUCUAAAACACUAGCGGGACAUCCGACAGGCUGUAUAAAUCUAUGUUUUUAAUAAGAAAAUAUAAAUAUUCAUGCAAAGUUUUUUGAGGUGCUCUGAGUUUAUUGGUUUAUGUUAUUAUUACAUAUUUAUUUGUACAUAUUGUAAACCAUGUGAAUAUUCAAAUAUACUUCAGUUUUCAAGAGGUUGUAUUGCCCAAAUUUUGUUUGUCAACAAGUUCAGAAGAAAUUAAAACAGCUCCUAAAGCUGUUUCUACUUUUUCAGUACAAUAGGAAAAUAUGAUGAAAACGUGGAUUUUCGUUGGUAAAAGAAGACAAAAAUUAAUAUAUUUUUUUAAGUACAAUUAAAUAUUUCUGUAUUUAUUCAUCCAAGGUCAUGUGAUACUGUGAUUCAUAACUCUUCAUUGACCAAGGGACGAGCUUUGUCUCACUGCUUUUACAUGUUUUGAGGUAUUAUUCAUUUUUUAUUGCUGUUUUACAAUCAAAAGUGCCUAAAAAAUCUACAAAUAAAUAUAUAUAAAUAUUA